CCCACUCUGCUCCCGCUGCUCGCCUCGCACAAACGCAUCGAGCACACGCACAGAGCAGCUCAGCAGAGAACUGAGAAGCCAAAGAAGAACCUCUGCACGAAUCCGGCUUCGAUCCAUCGACAGGAACACCGCACACCGCCAGCCAGACGCAGCCGAUCAAGGCGGGUUACCGGCAAUGGGCGAGCUGAUCCCUGGGUUGCCCGAGGAGGUGGCGCGGGAGUGCCUCGUCCGGGUGGGCUUCGACCAGCUGCCCGUGGUGCGCCGCAUCUCGCGCCAGUGGAAGUCGGAGGUGGAGUCGCCGGACUACCACCGCCUGCGCCGGGCCGAGGGGCUGGCGCGCCCGGUGCUCGCGCUGGUCCAGGCGCGCCCCGCGGCGCCGGCCGGCGGCGCGGGCCCGGCGGCGGAUAAGCAGCACUCGUCGGCUGGGGGGCCCUCCAACGCGUACCGGAUGGUGCUGCUGGACCCGGAGGAGGGCCGGUGGGCGCCGCUGCCGGCGCCGCCCGGGCCGGCGGGGAGCCUGCCCCUGUUCUGCCAGGUGGCCGCCGUGGGCGGCGGCGGGCAGGGGCGGGAGCGGCUGGUGGUCGUCGGGGGCUGGGACCCGGAGACGUGGGCGCCGGUGGACGCGGUGCUCGUGUACGACUUCCUGACCGGCGCGUGGCGCCGCGGCGCGCCGAUGCCGGGCCCCCGCCGGUCCUUCUUCGCCUGCGCGGCCGUCGGCGGGGCCGUGUACGUGGCGGGCGGCCACGACGAGGAGAAGAACGCGCUGCGAUCGGCGCUGGCGUACGACCCGGAGCGCGACGCGUGGGCGGGGCUCCCCGACAUGGCGGAGGAGCGCGACGAGCCGCGCGGGCUCUGCGUCGGCGGCAGGUUCCUCGUCAUCGGUGGGUACCCGACGCAGGCGCAGGGCCGCUUCGUCGGCUCCGCGGAGGCCUUCGACCCGGCGGCGUCGGCCUGGGCGCCCGUCCGGGACGGCCUGCUCGAGGACGGCGCGUGCCCGAGGACCUGCUGCGCGGCGCCGGGGGCCGCGGGGCGCCUGUACAUGCUCCGCGACGGGCACCUCGUGGCGCGCGACGCCGCGCCGGGCGCGGCGUGGCGACCGGUGGCGCCGGUGCCCGAGGACGCGCGCACCGCGGCGACCGUCUCCGCCAUCCCCGGCGGCCGCGUCGUGGUGGUCGGCUCCGGGUGCCACGGCGGGGACCAGAACGUGUACGUGCUCCGCGAGGAGGCCGGGAAGGGCGCGUCCUGGGAGCGCGCGGCGGCGCCGCCUGAGUUCGCCGGGCACGUGCAGGCCUCCUGCUGCCUCGAAAUCUGAUGAAGUGUACUACAUAGUAUACGAGUAGAAUGCAGACCAGAUCUCCCUACAAGUUUGUACAUACCUACGUACUCCUGAACUCUGCAACUACGUCUCACUGUUGUGUAGAGAAAGAACAUCAAGCUAAGCAGAGUAACGAGGGGAGGGGCAAAAAAAUAGUUUAACAACAAGUAGCAAAAUAUGUACUGCACUAAAAAUGUUUGAGAAAUGAGUGAAGUGUCAAUGGCAGUUUUUGAGGUCUUUGCUGAAUCAAA